AUGCGCCUGCUACCAUCAUCAGUUGCUCUCUUGGGCCUAAACACUUUCAUCGCAGCCAGCAAGAGCUACGGUACACUGGGAGAAAAGUGCCCCGUGGACGAUGUCUCGGUCAUUGCACAUAACGGUACAUCUGUGGGUCGCGAGGAGGUACACGAUGGAGUGAACCUCUACAUCACCGGCGAUGGUUCCGAUACUGCAGUCCUAUACUUGACUGAUAUAUUCGGCAUUAAUUUGACUGAGAACCGAUUGCUUGCGGACUCCUUUGGCCGCGCUGGCUUUCUCACCGUUGCACCCGAUUUGUUCAACGGUACACCGUCCCCCAUAGACGUGAAUGAGCCCGGCUUCAACGUCACACAGUUCUUAGAGAAGCAUGGUCCCGCUCAAAUUGAUCCUCUGAUCGACGUCGCAGUCAGGUAUCUCAAGGGGACCGUUGGCGUUUCCAAGAUUGUGGCUGCCGGUUAUUGUUUCGGCGGUCGCUACGCCUUCCGGUAUGUGGCCUCGGGCAAGGGUGCCGAUGCCGCGUUCGCGGCUCACCCGUCUCUGCUGGAGGAUGUAGAGAUUGAAGCUAUCGAGGGACCUACCGCGGUCGCCGCUGCCGAGAACGACAGCGCGAUGCCACCGGACCGUCGGCACCAGAUCACUGCGCUUCUCGGCAACACGACUCAGCCGUACAACGUUGCGCUUUACAGCGGCACGAGCCAUGGCUUUGGCGUUAGGGCAAAUGUGAGCGACCCACAGCAGAAGUUUGGCAAGGAGAGCGCCUUCUUCCAGGCUGUGAGGUGGUUUGAAAAUUGGGCUUAG